AUUAUAACGCAAAGUCAUUAUUUACCUGCAAAUAUACUGUUAAAUAUAAGAAAAAAAAAACACAAGACUGCAAUUCUAUAUAAAAACUCCGAAAAACAGUAGAAUCGCAAUCCAAGGUCCGCCGCUAUCCCAGAAGGCAAGGCGCAGGAAGCUCCCCCGCCCCGGAUCCCGUCUAGCCUCUCUCUCUCCCGUCUCGCUUGCGGUCCCGAAGCUUGCCGGCCUGUUGGAGUCAGCCUCCCCCGAACCGAGCCCCGAACCGAGCCCUGAUCCGAGCCCCGAUCGCCGCUGCAGAGAGCAUGUCCUUCCCCGCAGAAGAGGUCGAGGCGGAGUACGAUCCGUACACCUACAGCCAGGACUAUGACCUGCACACAGGUGACCCGAAGGUGGACCUGGCGUACGAGCGUCAGUAUGAGCAGCAGACUUAUCACGUGAUCCCCGAGGUGAUCAAGAACUUCCUGCAGUACUUCCACAAGACCACCUCUGACCUCAUUGACCAGAAAGUGUACGAGCUGCAGGCGAACCGCGUCUCGAGCGAGAGCAUCGAGCAGAAAAUCUACGAGAUCCAGGAUCUGUACGAGAACAGCUGGAAUAAACUGACGGAGAGAUUCUUCAAGACCUCCCCCUGGCCUGAAGCCGAAGCCAUCGCCUCCCUCGUGGGAAACGACGCUGUGUUCCUAAUUCUGUACAAGGAGCUUUACUACAGACACAUCUACGCCAAAGUCAGCGGAGGACCCUCUAUUAGAUUCGAGUCCUAUUACAAUGUGUGUGUGUUUUCAAUUAACGCAGAUGGUCCCGCCCCCCUGGAGCUCCCUAACCAAUGGCUGUGGGAUAUCAUCGAUGAGUUCAUUUACCAGUUCCAGUCGUUCAGUCAGUACCGCUGUAAGAUAGCGAAGAAGUCCGAGGAGGAGAUCGAGUUCCUGCGGAACAAUCCCAAGAUCUGGAACGUGCACAGCGUUCUGAACGUGCUUCACUCACUGGUGGAUAAGAGCAACAUCAACAAGCAACUCGAGGUGUACACCAGCGGAGGAGAUCCUGAGAGUGUCUCGGGGGAGUACGGACGGCACUCCCUGUAUAAGAUGUUUGGGUAUUUCAGUCUGGUCGGUUUGCUGAGGCUGCACUCCCUGCUGGGAGAUUACUACCAGGCCAUCAAAGUGCUGGAGAACAUCGAGCUGAACAAGAAGAGCAUGUACUCGCGUGUCCCCGAGUGUCAGAUCACCACCUAUUACUACGUGGGCUUUGCUUACCUGAUGAUGCGCCGCUACCAGGACUCCAUCCGCGUGUUCGCAAACAUCCUGCUGUACAUUCAGAGGACACGCAACAUGUUCCAGAGGAGCACCUACAAAUACGAGAUGAUUAACAAGCAGAACGAACAGAUGCACGGCCUGCUGGCCAUCGCCCUCACCAUGUACCCGAUGAGGAUCGAUGAGAGCAUCCACACCCAGCUCCGAGAGAAGUACGGGGACAAGAUGCUGAGGAUGCAGAAAGGGGAUCCCCAGGUGUUCGAGGAGCUCUUCAGCUUCGCCUGUCCUAAGUUCCUGUCCCCCGUGGUGCCGAACUACGACACAGUGCACCCCAACUACCACAAGGAGCCUUUCCAGCAGCAACUCAAAGUGUUCACUGAGGAGGUGGAGCAGCAAGCACAACUCUCUACCAUCCGCAGUUUUCUGAAGCUCUACACCACCAUGCCGGUAGCGAAGCUCGCUGGAUUCCUUGACAUGUCGGAGCAGGAGUUCCGGAUCCAGCUGCUCGUCUUCAAGCACAAGAUGAAGAACCUGGUCUGGACCAGCGGCGUGUCGGCGCUGCACGGGGAGUUCCAGUCUGCCUCCGAGGUGGACUUCUACAUUGACAAGGACAUGAUCCACAUCGCUGACACCAAGGUAGCCCGAAGAUACGGAGACUUCUUCAUUCGCCAGAUCCACAAAUUCGAAGAGCUGAACCGAACCUUGAAGAAAAUGGCUACUGCUGGUCCAGCCGUUGCCGCGUCAACCGCCUCCACUGCCACCCCCGCUUCCAGGGCUACUUGAGCUCUCCUGGGACAGACCAUUCACUCCUGGAGGAGAGGGGGGGAGAGGGGCUGAUCCAUUCUACUGUGUUGAAUCAGUAGAAAAAUGACCAUUUGUUUUGUAGAACUGCAAUAAAGUGAUAAAUUAGUGCUGACUGUCUCUCACACACACACACACACACACUCACCUUAGCGCUGAAAUCUAGAAACACAAAAAGAAACUUGAUGAAACAGAGCAGGGAAGCUGGAAGAGACGGAGAAAGGCUCUGGGCGGAAGCGUUUGUCGUUGGGAUGCAUUUCCAGUUUAUUUUAGUGGUUUGUAUUGGGUGGGGGAACCGAUCACUUGUGAAAAUGUCCCAGUUUGUUUUAAAUGCAAUAAAAAAAAAUGAGCAAAAAUAA